AUAAUCUCUCUCCUCUCUUUCUCUCUCUCUCUCUCUGUUCUCGUCGCAAUGUUCGAACGGUGAAGAAGACAGCGCUACGGCCCCCAAAUCAAUUCUCUCUCUUUCUCCUUCUCUCUGAGCGUUUCCCAGUAAUUUAGAGCUUUCUUUCUUCCUGAAAUGGCAAUGUUUUUGGGAGCAUUUCGUCCAGCUUCCUCUUCCUUGUCCCCAAUCAAUUUCUACCAUUUAAGCCGGCACUCACCCCUUUCCAAGUAUGCAUUUUCAGUUCCAGGACGCGUCUCUCAUCCAUUCAAGCGAAUUUUCCAAGCUUAUCUUCAAUCAAAAUCUGCAGAUGCACAACCCGGGCUACAAACACCUACAGAACAGCCUGAAAUCAUUUUUUUGGGGACUGGAACUAGUGAAGGAAUUCCACGUGUGAGCUGCCUCACAAAUCCUGAAAAGACAUGCCCGGUGUGUUCCAAAGCUGUGGAACCUGGCAAUAAGAAUAGGAGACUCAACACAAGCAUCCUUAUCCGUUAUCCUAGGCCUUCUGGAACAUGUAACAUCCUUAUAGAUGCUGGCAAGUUCUUUUACCAUAGUGCUCUACGGUGGUUUCCUACUUAUGAGAUAAGAACAAUUGAUGCGGUUAUUAUUACUCAUUCUCAUGCUGAUGCAAUUGGAGGUUUGGAUGAUCUUCGUGAUUGGACAAACAAUAUUCAGCCUUACAUUCCAAUUUAUGUAGCACAACGUGAUUAUGAGGUGAUGAAGAAAACUCAUUAUUAUUUAGUGGAUACAAGUGUUAUAAUACCAGGUGCUGCUGUCUCAGACUUGGAAUUUAACAUCAUUCAUGAAGAGCCAUUCCUUGUCCAUGAUUUAAAGUUUACUCCUUUACCCGUCUGGCAUGGCAGCGGUUAUCGUUCACUUGGUUUUCGCUUUGGUAAUAUUUGUUACAUUAGUGAUGUCAGUGAAAUACCCGAAGAAACUUAUCCACUUCUGCAGGACUGUGAAAUCCUUGUCCUGGAUGCCUUGAGGCCAGAUCGAUCCUCUUCCACUCAUUUUGGACUUCCAAGGGCCCUGGAAGAAGUUCGAAAAAUCCAACCAAAGAGAACUCUUUUCACCGGUAUGAUGCAUCUGAUGGAUCACGAAACAGUUAACGGCGAGCUCAUACGAUUGAUGGAUAGGGAGGGCCUGGACGUGCAACUGAGCUACGAUGGGCUUCGCCUGCCGAUAAGCCUCUAACCCUUCCUUUACCCUUUUGGCAUUCCCCCCUUCUCCCUCAAUCAAUCAAUAAAAGCUUCAAUCUUUCACUAGUUUUGUUGCUCUUGAAGCUUCUUCUAUACUACUGGGCUUCUGCCCUCUGAAAUUCUUGAGCUAUGCUCAGCAUUCAAUUGCCAACAUAUCAUUCGACAUUAUCGCCAUUUCAUUCGCAAACUCAACUCAAAAUUAACAUUACAAUCUCA